AACUUCUAUAUGAAAUUUGCUUUAAAAACACACCAACAUCUUCCAUUAUUUUAUAUAAGGAAACCUUCAAAACUUUAACAACACACCAACAUCCAUUUAGAAACUCUUUUAGAUCCAAUUUGAUUCCACACAAAAAAGUGGAAGCUAUGGAAAAGAUAAAUUACCAUAAAAUAGCAUUUUUUACUCAAAGCAUAAGAACUCAUCAUAACUAUCUUAUUAAGGUUACACCGUUGAUAGUUUCCUUAUCUUUGUUUCCUUUCAUCUUUUCUACUUCUUCCUUAAUUUCUUUCCUCCAUCACUUCAACUUCUACUUCUCUACAUUCUCUUUCCAAUUAUUCACUCACACCAUAGACAAAAAUUGCAUGUUCCUCCUAUGUAAUGGUCUUCUUGUUUUUGUUGGUAUAACAAGAUCUUUAUCUACUGGGUCUAGUAGUGUUGAUGAAUCUUUCAACUAUGUUAAAGAUGGUUCGCAAUCACUUUACUCAAUGGUUGAAACUAAAGUGACAGUAUUAGUGAGUGAAGAAAACGACGACGAAGCUAAAGAUAUAAAUUUUGAAGAAGGAAAAGGAAGUAGCAUAUUAGUUUUGGAACAAGAAAAGGAACCAAAAGAAGAAAGUAGGCUAUUUGAUGAAGAAGAUGAAGAGAAAGACAGUGAUACAGAAAUGGUUGAUGAAGAAGUUUUAGAAGAAGCAAAUUGGGUGUUAAACACAGAUGAGUUGAACAAAAGGUUUGAUGACUUCAUUAGAAGGAUGAAAGAAGAUUUGAGGAUUGAAGCUCAAAGACAAUUUGUUAUGGCUUGAUUUUGAUCAAGAACUAUGAUGAUGUUUUUUAUGUUGGAAAUUUUUAUAGGGUUUUUAACAAGGACUACUAAUGGUAUGUUUGGUUUAGUGUUAGAUUUUACAAAAUCACGGUAGCUUUUCACGUUUAGGCAGAAGCUACCUUUUGAAGCUUCUAGAAAAUCGUGGUAGAGUGGCACUUGAACGUGAUUUUGGUUGGUGAGAAGCUAAACCAAACAUGCUAUAAAUAAAUAUUUAAAUUAUAUACCUUUUAGAAAA